GAAUUUCAGUUUGCAGAUAUAUAUAUAUAUAACUCAAAAUUAUAAUAGCUUUCUGCCGGUCGACCAAAAAGGAGAACUCAUAGUUGGUCUACCUGAAUCUCUAAUAAUAUAUAAUGGCUGGACGUACUCCUGAUAUUCCGCUGUCAAGCACUAUACCAACCCGGCCUGAUUCGCCGAGAAAACGGCGACGCCAUCUUCGUGAAUCAGACGAGACAGAGGGGUUUAUGUUCAUCGAACAAUACCUGCACAGAUCAGACCCAUAUAGAUCUACGAGUGUAGACCAUCCUUUACCCUAUCCCAUUUCAACCAGACCAGCAAGGGGCACAAUAACGACAGAGGCAUCAGAGUACUAUACGCCUAUCGCAGAUAUCCUUAAGAAACAUGGUUUCCAUGGCCGAUACGAUAUCGGUGUCGUCGAAGUCACUAGACCUGGAUACCCAGGCGGGGAGAGGCCGACCAUUACCUUAAUGACCGAGUACCGGUAUGGUGCAGUAUUCCCUCUUGUUCCAGGGCACGCUCGAGACGAAAUUCGGGACUUGCUUCGCCGGAAUCUCGUGGAUCUCCACGUAGAGAUUGUCGACUUGCAAAACUGCUUCAGGCCGUCACUGUUCGCCAUUUCGCCAGAGCAUCCUACUGUUCGACCCUACGAGCAAGCAAAGGGAGAUCUCAUCGAUAUCCUAACAAAGGAGCUCGGUGCCAACUGGAGGACCCUUUGCCUGUUUGAAGUCGGCCCAUCAAAACAGAAGGCUGAAGCGUCAAUCGUGGUUCUUGUAGAGCCCCAGACCAACAGCAAUUGGUCAAACAUUCGGUUUUCCAUGUUGCGUGCGGUCAGGCGGUUCCUUCAUCCAGAUGUACCUCUGCAAGUCGAGUUCUUACCCGGAGAUGCAUCACCGUUUUCCGGGGACACGGCUUCCCCACGCUCCCCUCCUUCGCAGAGAGGUGGUGAUGGCGAUGGUCGCCCAAUGCUUCACUUGAUGGAUGGGGUCGGACGACUCCAACGUGGUAUGUCCAUUGGCAUUAAAGGGGUCGAAGGCGGGGGUACCAUGGGUGGCUUCGUCACCUUCAAGAGGAACAAUGUCACCUAUCAGGGAAUUUUGACCAAUUACCAUGUUGUCAGGCCUGAUAAUCAUGAAGUGACUCUGGCGGACAGAAAAGGGAUCACCAUCGAUGAUUGGAACCACCCCAACAUUGAGAUUGUUUACCCAGCCACGAAAGAUGCAAGGGCGACAAAGCGACAAGCACAGGGGAACUAUGACAGGGCUAUGGCUGAGCUUCAACAUGUGACCGAGCGCAGGGAUCAGAACAUAGCCAUCGGACGGGGAGUAACUGAGAGAGAGUCGCAACACAUCAAAGAUCUCGACAGAGAGUGCAAGCUUAGCGAGAAGACCGUGCAGUCAGUGAAGCAUCUGCCAGCCAAGAUAGGCAAUGUAACAUUUGCCUCAGGCUUCGGCGUCAUGGGAUCGAGAUUCCUUGAUUGGGCUUUUGUCGAAAUCACAGAGCCUGAUAUCAAAAAGUUCUUCGGGUGUGACCGAAUGCCUCGUUACCCUUAUUGGCAUAUGUCCGGAAUGGAAAACUUACCUGUGAUCUCCUUUCGAGAUGAAGGAACUCGGUUCGCUGGCAUUCGAGAAAUGAAGAAAGGAGAUUACUAUAUUAUGGUCGGAAGAACCUCAGACGUUCGAGUCGGACGUUGCAAUGGUACUCUGGCAACGUGCCACUGGAGAGACAGCCAUGUUCGAUACGAUGAGAACGGCAACGCAGUAGAAACCUCCAAGGUCUGCGAGGAAUGGGUUGUCAUGGGCCAGGAGAUAAGAGACAACAAGCUAGUGCAGGGUAUUUUUUGCCAACGUGGCGAUUCGGGGGCAUUUUUGAUCGACACAAGUGGCUAUGUGUGCGGCCUGCUAUAUGGAUAUCUGGAUGCGAAGGUGAAGGAGGAUCUAUACACGCAUGCCGGUUUAGUUAACUGCAUGGGAGAUGUCCAGAUGUCAGCACGGGCUCUUAUAACCUCUCGUAACCCCCAGGGAGCGCCCAGUGAAAAUUCUGCCCACUUUGAACUUCCUUUCCCUUGAAGGGUGAAAUUGCUGCCGUCGACAUUCCUUCACUUCAUGUUCUUAGUCAGAGAUUUCGGGUUCAUACUAGUUAAAGCACGAGUU